CUCGUUUGUUUUUAAAUGUGGAAAACUAUCGUUUUGGAUGUUGAGUGCAUCGUUUGUAAUAAAACGUUGCAAAAAAUCAACCACGAUCCGCGUGAGAUAUCAAGAGAAAUGGGGAAAAUUACUAAUCGCCGGUCAAGGACUCCAAAUUGGUCGCUUCAGGAAAAACAACAUUUGCUUGAAUUAAUUAGGGAAAGAAAAGAAGUAGUCGUAACGAAGAGUAACAAUGGACCUAAUUAUUCAGAAGAAAAGGAUGUGGCUUGGAACGCGAUACUUCGCGAGCUUGCAAUUAAGUUUGGAGAUAAGUUUAUAGGCAGCUCUACAAAGAAAGUUAAGACACAGUGGCAAAACAUGAAAAGAAUUGCCCGCGAAGAAAUCGCAUUAAAUGGACCUGAAUUACACAAGUACACGAAUCUGUCUUUGGAAGUGUGUGAAAUUCUAGAGUUAUUGAAAGAUGGUGUAUUGAAAAAUGUGAGUGACCAUGAUAGUACACUUACCACUGAUGUGGAAAUAAAGGCGGAACGCAUUGAGGAGGAAAAUAUUCAACCAGAAUGCAUUAAUUUUAACAACAGCUCUACCGAUAUGGAUGUUCAAGUGGUCAAUGAAAACAACUUAAAUCCCUUGAAUCAAUUUGAAGUCACCGGUUCCUCUAGCUCAGAUAACAAUGACCUCAAUGAUCUGGUAAUAGAUGAAUCUAGACUUUGUAACGAAGAAAAACUGAUUGAAGUAAAACACACAGCCUCUAUGACUGACAUUUCAAUGCAAGACUUAACAUUUCUUAAUCUCAAUAAAGAAUAUUUCAAAUACACAGCGGAGGAAAAAGCUCUUAAGAUAGAGUCGCUGAAAGAAGAAAGACAGGUGGUCAGGGCAAUGAGAGAGACGGCAGAACUGAAUAAAAUUACUGCUGAGCAAAGAUUAAAACAUGUUUUGUGGGUCAAGAAACAAGAAAUGUCAAUGUACUCUGGAGAACCCGGUUCUGGCGCCGGCAAGGGUGGUGGCGGCGGUGGUGCCAUCCGCGAAGCCGGCGGCGCCUUCGGCAAGAUGGAGGCUGCUCGGGAGGACGAAUACUUCUACAAGAAGCAAAAAGAACAACUGGCCAACCUGAAAGGGCACUUGAACAAGGAGAUCGCGUUCCACCAGGAGCAGAUCAAGCGCCACGAGGAUGCCAUCCGCCGUCAUAAGGAGCAGAUGGCCGAGGUGAAAGAAUAAACUAUUAGUGGUGA